GAGUCCUAUCUGAAAAAUCGUGCUUCUUUCUAUUAUUACCAAUCCGAUGUUUUUGGAUAGAAAGUCUACAUACAGUGGCAGAACAAAAUAAAAAUUGAAGAAAGCAAUCUGGAAUUUUGCUCGUGGAGAGACCAAAAUAUGGCCAUGUGUGUGCAAGACAUAAUCCCAGAAGAGCUGCUCAUCCUAUGGACACGAUUUCUUGUGUUCUUCUUGCCAUGUAUCAUCUUUUCUUCUCUUGAAGCCACGUUUCAUUCUUCCUUCUUCCGUUUUUAAUACCCCAUUUCCCAUUCCAAGUUUCCCACUCCCAAAAAUCUCUUCUUUGUUCUUUUUUUCCCUUCUUUCCUUCCUUAGAAUAUGUUGAAAUCUUCUUCAUCCAACAACAACAAAAGACCCUCUUCAAGAAAGGGUUGUAUGAGAGGCAAAGGAGGCCCUGAAAAUGCUUCUUGUACUUAUAAAGGCGUUCGUCAAAGGACAUGGGGUAAAUGGGUUGCUGAAAUUCGAGAACCAAAUCGUGGAGCUCGUCUUUGGCUUGGUACUUUUGAUACUUCUCAUGAUGCUGCUUUGGCUUAUGAUAAUGCUGCUCGUCGUCUUUAUGGCUCUGAUGCUAAACUCAAUCUCCCUGUUUCUGCUUCCACUUCUUCUUCUUCUGAUAGUGUUGCUGCUAAUGCUAAUGUUAAUGUCAAUGCCAUGGUGGAAGAUGUUGCUUCUUCCUCUGUUUCUAAUGAAAACAGCAGCAACACUGUAUUGCCUAAGAAGAGAUUUAGGGAAGAGGAGGAAGAACAAAUUGGAGGGCUUUGGAGAGCUAUGAGUAUUAGUGUAGAUGAUUCUCUUUGGGUUGAAGCAGCUAUGUCUUUGGAUUUUCCUGUUGUUAUGGAUCAAGGCUGUUUUUCUGCUAAUUUGAUGGAUACAAAUGGAAAUGGUGGAUGGGAUUCACUCCAAUGGUGUUUAUGAAACAAACAACCCCUUCAACACAAGAAAACUAGAAUGAUUUGUAAUUCUAAAGUUGUAUUGUUGUAAUUUUCUCAAGUGGGAUUGUAUUAUAUAGGGUUAGAGGUCUUUCUUCUUCUUCUUCUAUUCUUGUUGGUUUGGGGCUGUUUGGAUUGAAAGCUAUUAUCCUGUAAAUAAAUAUAUAAAAUUAUUGUGUAUUUGGAGAGAUGGGUGUAUACAUAUUGUCAGUUUUUUUUGUUCUGUUUAACUUUUUGAGUAUUUCUUUUUUUAAUGAAAACUUGCGAGUGGGGAGUGUUUUGUUUUCACUCUGAUUGAUGUCAUAAUUUUCUCUACAAAAGUUUGAUUCUAUAUUGCAAGUGG